AUGAAAGCUCCUACGUCAACGACACUGGUCGGGGUGGAUUCAAUGCUAGCUGAUUACGAACGACGUGAUGCUACUCAAGAUGAGAUAAACGAGUUACCACAUGUCGCCGACUCAAUAUCAUUCGUCGUCUGGGUUGCUCUUGUGGUCAGCGGUGCAGAGCGGUUCUUAUUUUAUGCCGCGACAACUCCUUGGCGUAUGACCGAUGCCAAAAUGUGUGCAGAGAAUUAUGCCCAGUAUGAUCGCGAGAAUACCUCGAUUCCGGGUGCACUAGGUCUCGGUGAAGCGAUGGCUUCGAACAUCUCAAGUGCUUUCUACGCCUUUACAUUCUUGAUGUCUGUAGCAUUUGCUGUUCUUUCGGAUGCCUGGUUGGGACGCUAUAUAACCUUGUGUCUUAGCUUUUGUCUUGACUUCUGUGGCUGUUUAGUCCUUUUUGUCACAUCUCUUCCGGCCAUAACAGAUGGCUCAGUCAAGCUAGUUGGGUUUAUACUUGCUGUUAUCCUAAUAGGACUCGGGACUGGAGGCGUCAAAGCUACUAUCACACCCUUCAUCGGGGACCAAUAUCCAAAUGUAUCGCCGCAGCUAAUUAUCACAAAAAAGGGCGAGCGAGUUGUGACGGAUCGGAUGCUUACAAUGCAGUAUAUUUAUAAUGUUUUCUAUUGGUAUGGUGCGGGAUCACCCAUACACAAUCAUCUAUUGAGCCUGACAAACCUUUCUAGGUUCACAAGUAUUGCGACCCUGUCUCUCAUCGCUUCAACCUAUCUGGAGAAGAAAGUAGGAUACUGGGCAGCUUACCUUAUGCCACUCUGUGCAUUCGCUGUCGUGGUCCCUCUGUUAACUCAUAAGGCAUUAGGUAGCCAAAGAUUCUUCAACUUCGCUACUCUCAAGCUGCCACCACAAGGUAGUGUCAUUCCGCAAUUCGCAAAGGUCAUAUGCUUCUCAGCCCGGGACAGGUUCAGGCUGGAUGCGGCCAAACCAAGCUACCAAGCUGAGAAGUACCACCGAGAAGUCGACUGGGAUGAUUUAUUUGUGUCCGAAAUCAAACGGGGCCUUAGUGCCUGUAAAGUCAUGUUCGUCUUCCCCGUCCCCACAUUCAUUGUGAAUAACCUGAUUACCCAAGCCGGAGAGAUGCGUCUGGACGGGGUUCCAAACGAUGCGAUAAAGGCUAUUAAUCCUGUCUUUUGCAUAAUACUGGGUCCAUUGCUUCAGAGAUUUCUGUAUCCAGGGCUUCGAAAGGCCGGGAUCCGAUUUGGACCAAUUGCACGGAUGACUUGGGCAUUCGUUACAAUGAGUGGAUCGAUGGCCUUUGCCGCUGGGGUCCAGAAGUUGGUUUACUCCCGAGGUCCGUGUUACGAGAAACCCCUUGUCUGUGAAGCCUCAGAUGGUGGCAGGAUAGGGAAUGAUAUCAGUGUUUGGGUGCAGAUACCAAUCUUCUUCUUUCUAGGCCUGGCUGAGAUUCUGGGAUUCACCACACUAGCUGAGUACAGCUAUUCUGAAGCACCGACCAAUAUGCGGACCUUAGUACAGUCCUUGGUACAGGUGAGCUCAGGCAUAGGUUCUGCCCUUGGCAUGGCAGUGUCUCCACUUUCCAAGGAUCCAAAAGUCCUAUAUCUCUACACGGCAUUGGCAGCGACAAUGGUCGUGGUGGCGUCAGGCUUUUGGGUGGUCUUUCACAGAUACGACAGAAAUCGGAAUUGA